GGGCUUUGGAAAUUAUUUUAAAAAACAGGGGCUUUCUCUCUUCUUUCUUCCUCCUCUGGCGAGCGAUGGACGAGAGCGUUGUGAUGCGCCGGAUCAUCCCCGCGGACAACAGUUGUCUCUUCAAUGCGGUCGGGUACGUGAUGGAGCAUAACAAGAGCAAAUCCUCGGAAUUGAGAGAGGUUAUCGCCGCCACUGUGAUUAGCGAUCCCGAAUCUUACAAUGAGGCAUUCCUUGGCAAGCCAAACGGCGACUAUUGCCAGUGGAUACUUAAUCCCGAGAAAUGGGGAGGAGCGAUUGAGCUCGCGAUUUUGUCGGCCUAUUAUAGACGCGAGAUAGCUGCAUAUGAUAUUCAAACCACACGCUGUGAUCUCUAUGGCCAGGAUAAAAGCUACCAAGAGCGUGUCAUGGUUAUCUAUGAUGGAUUGCACUAUGAUGCUCUUGCGUUGGCUCCUUUUGCGGGUGCUCCUGAAGACGUCGAUCAAACAGUUUUCAAGGUGGACAAGUAUGGCCACAUUGGUCCAGCCGAGCGUUUGGCAGUGAAACUAGUCGAGGAAUCUCACAGGAACCGGAAGUUCACAGAUACUGCGAGCUUCACGCUGCGUUGUGGGAUUUGCCAAGAAGGCGUGGUGGGACAAAAGGAAGCUGUGGAGCACGCGAAGCUCACCGGGCACACCAAUUUCCAGGAGUUUAGAUAACACUGUGAAGUUGGAGUGAGAACUGUGAGUAUCACACAAGAACUAGACAACACUGUUACUAUAGCGAGACAAGCUUUGGAUCUCUCGUCCUGUUCUACCUUUUGGUGGUUUUUGACGAGAGAUUACGUGUUGUAAUACUACUGCAACGUACGCCGUUGGAUGUGUGACGCGUGUCGUAUCCAACGGCUCUGAACCGUAUUUUGCAUCGACCUUGCCAACCAUUAUUUUUACCAGGCGCUAGGGUUUUAGCGUGGCGCUCUGGCGCGAUCGAUGGUGCGAUGGCGCUGUGCUGCGGCGCUGACGAUCUUGCCGAUCGUUGGCUGUAAUGCGCAUUCAUCGCGGGCGUGCUCUCGUCCCGGAUCGGAUUAUCUGGAUGCGAUCAAGCAAAGGAUGUAGCGAAUGCCGCGAGCGAGCGAUCGCCAGAUAAGUUCUCGCUCCCUCAAUCUCUCUAGGAUUGCAUGGAGUUUAGAUUGUUCUUGUGUGUGAUUGAUUGGGAAUGUGUUUGAUUAAUCACCCCCAAAUGUUUUUGAUUUUUAUAUUUCUUGCGACUGUCCAUCCUUGGUGGGCAUAUGUCCAGUGUCUUUUCUGGUCUGCGAAUGUUUGAGGAACGAUUCCCCUAGCUUGGCUUUGGACAAAAGCCAGCCUUUUCAGAUAAGUCGGCUUGAGAGGCAACUAACUAUGAUGAUUGUCGAUCGAUGCGUGCUUUUGCCUUACCUGUAUUCUUCUUUUUCCUCGCAUUGUUUGCCUCGGUUUGAGCCGAGGCGAGAGAGAGAGAGAGAGAAAGAUAGAGUUUUUGCCCGCUCUUGAACACAAAGCGUCUACAUUAUAUCGUAUGCGCAUAAAGAUGACUGCUGUCGAGUCCUCCUAGUGGCAGUUAAACUGGGACCAGUUUUAACAACCUUUUGUGGUGGGCUCACGACAAGCUGGAGCCGCUGGUUGUGGCUCCGUGUGAGAUAUGCUGCUGCUGAUAUGUAUGUGCUAUAGGGGCCCGUGCGCACGCUAUCCCCUUCCCUUAGAAAAAAGAAGAAUGCUUUGGGUCCCGCGCGACAUUCUCGUGAGAUGGAAAAGGAGUCGUCCCUCCCUUCCCUCCCCUUCCCCCCAAGUUUUUAAGCCUCUCUCUCCACACUAAAUGAUUUUUAGUAUUGACUAUUUGCCUGUGCCUGUGGUUUCUUCUGGCUUGCCUGUUUCGUUGUCUGGCUUGGGCCUCCCUACCUAGUCUGAGUUCUAGAACUGUUGCAUUGCCAGGGUCUAGUUUACUUUCACAUCAUACCUAUGGACAUCAUAGGAUGUUUGUACUGUGGUGUUGGGGGCUUCCAGCAUGCAGGUCUACGGGGGUGUGCUGCUGUGCUGUGUGCACUGUUGGGGUUUUGUUUGCCUUCUUUCUAACUGUGAAAGGAUACAAAUCACUGCACUGGCUUCCCUCCUAGUACCUCACAUGCAUUUGAUCAUCAUGUGUGGCCUACUUACUCGGUCUUAGCUUACACCCGGCCAAUUGUCUCUACAUGCAUUACCAGUUGAAUCAAUGAAUGCGUAUCAGCUGGUCAGCCAGACGAACCGAGAAAAAUUUAAAAACUGAGCUCGACACUUGAUGUGUCGAAUGGAUGGGAAUGUUUAGGAUCCGUCACGACCACACGUUGUGUGCGUGACAUGUAAGAUAUGCGAUCAGAUAUGGCUCUUGGAAGAGUGUGAUCUCCUCUUUCCGUUCGUAGAAUUACUAAAUAGCGACUACAGCUACAAGGGGGAAAGCCUCCUUUAAUCUCAUGCUGAUUGUCGGCAUUGCAUCCUGACUGUUCUGCAAUCUUUGAUGUAGAUAGCUAUCGGCUUACAACCCCGUACUGGCUAUAGAGCCAGCUUUGGCUUGUUCUUGGUUGUCCUUCUUGGUUCUUUAAAGCAAUUUGAGUGAUUACUAUAUUCUAGCUCAGAACUCAGAAGUUCAUAGCUUCUAAUAAUAAAAUUUGGAUGUUUUUUGCAGGGAAAAUCUCACCGCAGUAGCUGGUUCUGCUUGUACUGGUGGCUGCUGAUGAUGGGAACUGGUGAACAGAAGCGAAGAGAUACAAGUAGGUAGGGGCCUCAACUCUCACAGCGCUGAAGCAGCUAUACUCUGCACCGCAAACUUAAUGACAAGUUUGGAACAGCAGGUGUGUAUUGGUGCAAGGAAGAUGGGAUUGGAGUCGGGAGUGGAUGGAUGGGAUGGGACUGGUAAAGCAGUCUCUGCUCGGGUGUGCCAGAGAAGGCGGAGACUCUCUCAUCUCACAAGAGCUGAGAUGUGACUCUUCACUUAGUCCUUGGUAGAGCUGGGAAGGAAAGAAGACCCCUUCAUAGAGAGCCUGCCCGUGGUAUGUACAACGAUCACAUUUUACUCUCUUUGACAAAGACGAUCUGGGGAGAAUCUAUUUGACUCAGACUAGAUACGAACAAAUUUUCUAAAGGAAAUCGAAAUCGGCAGAGAAUAUGAUAUGAAUGCUACAAGAAAAGCGGAGUGAUUCUGUUAGCAACAUUGGUUUGAGUAGCCAACCGGCCAGCCUGCCUACCACUAGCCAGCCACCGUUGGAAAGAAUGCCAAGUUUCGGCUGAAGUACAUGCACAAAAAUACAUGGAACCAACUCUGGUGUUUGAGAAAGGAAGAUGCCUUUUCCGGUUUCCAAAACAACCCCGGAGGGAGCGGAAGCAUGGAAGGUGAACAAUGCGGAAGCAGCAACGAAUAUAGGGACAAAGGCAACAAAAAACAAGACACAUUCCGGAACAUCUGGCUGGGGAGCAGACACCAGGCAACCAGCAAAGGUUUCCUGCUAUGGGCUUGAUGAGAGCCCCUCAAAAGCAGCGGGUCUGUGCAAGUGGUGGCGGUUUCUUCGACUGCAGCACGCUGAGCUACUCCCAAGCUGUGCCUCGGUAAGGUCCCUUGUGCACGCCAUGGCUGGUACCAUCAUCAUGUCGACCAUAUGGCUUGUCAAGUCGUGCCCGUUUAUGCUCCAGUUUGGGCUUCCUUUCUGGCCCAGGCGGGGAGCCACACUUGCCACGGCUCCAGAACUUUGAAAUCAACCAGCAGGAAGUAGCAUGCUGCGUGUCGAAGCUUUGGAUGGCAAUAGAUCGAGAUGUGGAAUCGUCUAUCGAGUGCGUGCGUGGGCUUGUUGGGCUGGUAUUUCAUGGGCUCUGUGUCGUGUGGCCGACAUGCUCGACUUACGAGACAUGGGGCUCACGUCCGACCACCAGCAGGAGUCUGAAAUGAAUACUUACAGCAGUUUUACUGGAGAAAAGAAGGAAAAGAGGCGAAUUUCCUGGUUUUGGAGAAUCUAAUUCAGUUGCAGGUGCAUCACUUAUGUCGCAUGAAUAAUGCAAGGAGAAAUCAGGCGAGCACAUGAGAUUUUGGAAGUUGACUGGAGGAGCUGGAAAAAAAAACUGGCAAAUAGUUUAUGGCACAGGAACGAUUCAGGAGGAGGAGGACCUCGCUGCUCAUCAUUUGGCGCCUUAAAUGCGAAACACUCUUCCUCGUCUCCCUCGGAAACGAGGCGAUGGAUCGCGAAGGAGUACACACACCAAAGCCAAAGGUUCUAUGCCAGGAAGGAGUUUUGGGACCCAUCCAUGUUAAAACACCGCGCAUUUUCUCCGCGAGCAUUUUAUUCACUUGGAUCACCGACAGGAUUGUUCCAACGAUCAGACAAACAAAACCGUUUAAGAGCGGCCAAA